AACGUAUUUUUAUUUUGAAUUACAGAUUGAAUCGAAUUGUUUAUUAUUUAUUUCCAUUGUUCUUUAUCAGCUAAUGAGCAAACAAAAUCGUGAUGGCGGAUGUUGAAGAUAUUAUUGACUACAUAAAGUCAUUGAAGAAAGGUUUCGAUAAAGAUUUGUUUCAAUCUAAGAUAGAUGAAUUGGCGUAUGCAGUUGAAACCACUGGACUGCAUUACGAUGAUUUUCAUACUUUAUUCAAGCUUUGGUUGAACCUAUCCAUACCCAUCACAAAAUGGACAAGUUUGGGAGCGUGCUUGGUGCCCCCAGAUACUGUAGAAGAAAAAACUGUUGAUUAUUCCUUUCGUUGGAUCCUUGCUAAUUGUGAAAAUCAAUCAAGUUUUUCUAGAAUAGGUUUUCUACUAGAUUGGCUGACUGUGGCAAUGGACUGUGAAUGCAUUGAUAUGAAAGCUUUAGACUCGGGAUAUGAAAUAUUUUAUAUCAUGUUGACUUAUGAAGUCUUGACAGUUCAUGCAAUUAAACUUGUUUACACUUUGACCAAACCAAUUGAUGUGACCAGGAGAAGGGUGCUAGAGUUACUUGACUAUGCCAAGAAAAGGGAGGGCAAAAAGAACAUGUAUCGCCAGCUGCAGGUAUUGCUGGGUUUGUUCAAGUCGUACAAACCUGAGUGUGUGCCCGAGGAUGUUCCUGCUAUAUCCAUACACACAGCCUUCAAGAAAGUGAAUGUAGCUUUGAUCUCCAGAUUCAGGAGAGUCCAGGAGCGCAGAAACAUUUUGAGUAAAGAAAGGCACCAUUUAAUGUGGAUCAACCCAUUGAAUUCUGAUCGCGGUAGAAAUAAGAAAGUUGAGCCACUUGUGCCAAACAUGGAGUUCAUCAACGUUGGGGCCCAACAAUAUUCAGACAAAGAACCACAGAAGAACUAUCUUGAUUUCUCAGAUCCAGUAUCGCUACUGCAGUACAGUCUCCACCACCCAAUGUCCCGGCCGGCGCGGCUUCGGGCGCUGCUAUGCAACGAAACAGGCCUCACUUUACUGGCAGUGGCCUCCGAUGCUGACCACGCCUUCCUGACGCACGACCUGCAUCACUUGCUGACCAACUGUUUCCUAGACGUGUCACCUCACAGUGCAGUAGAGAAGCGCGACCUCUUAAGGCGGUUAGUCUUGCUCCAGAACACAUUACUGCAAGCCGUGCCCAUCGUCACUCGGUUCUUAGCGCAGUACCUACCGCUGUGGAAUGAGAUCGACUUCUAUGCUGAGAUACUGGAUCUAGUGCAGUGGGUGAGCGUGGACAGCCCCGACCAAGUACGGGGUAUAGUGGAGCCCCUAUCGAGGGCGUACCACCGCUCGCAGCCGCUGGAGCAGUGCGCCAUACUCAGGAGCUUGACCAAUAUGUACACAAAUAUGCUAUACGGGAGUACAAAGCGUCGCCAGCACUUCAAAAGCCCACAGCCGUACUACACAUACGCGCUGUCGUACGUGGCCUCCAGCAUCAGUCGUUUGAGCAGCUUGGCGGUGCAGGCCGACCCUGGUACGUAUAUACUGGAUUUAGUGCAGUGGGUGAGCGUGGACAGCCCCGACCAAGUGCGCGGUAUAGUGGAGCCCUUAUCGAGGGUGUACCAUCGCUCGCAGCCGCUGGAGCAGUGCGCGAUACUCAGGAGCUUGACCAAUAUGUACACGAAUAUGCUAUACGGGAGUACAAAGCGGCGCCAGCACUUCAAGAGCCCGCAGCCGUACUACACAUACGCGCUGUCUUACGUGGCCUCCAGCAUUAGUCGCUUGAGCAGCUUAGCGGUGCAGGCCGACCCUGAUGACAUGCGCAUACUACACAGCGUGUCAUUCGCGGCGGUGCGCGCAGCUCGAGCGGAACUGACGCGGCGCGCGAGCGCGGGCGCGGUGCCGGCGCUGCUGCCGCUGGCCGCGCCGCUGCUGGCUGCCUCCGCCGCGCUGGUCGAUGCCGCUGCCGGGCUUAUCAUGCUGUACAAAAAGAUCUUCUCGGCCAUGAAGUCCGCAAACAAGAUACAAAAAGACGACCAAACAUACAUGGAGCAGUUUCGCACCUUGCAGAGUUACACUUGCGACUUGAUCAGUUGUUUGUACGGCGAGGAGGCGUUCAGAAGCCGCAACAACGGCAUCGUGUUCGAGAAACUUUCGCCUCAACUAGUCGGAAAAUUGUACUCUCUAAUGCCAGACAUAGAUACAAAGUUCAGCCUUCGGAACCACAUAGCGUUCGCACCGUACACCUAUAUGCAGUUGGAAGCCAUAGAUCACGCAGAUGCGGAUAAUAAGCUAUGGUUCGACUCGGUCAUAGACCAAGAGUUUCCUAAUCUGAGCAACUUCCUAAAGAAGGCGGUGCCCGAGAUUCGUUCUUAAGCGGUUUAGAUUAGGUGUUAAAUUAGGUUUGUUGAUCAUCCGCCUUAAUUAACUAUAGUUGGGGACCAAAUACAGAUAAACACAAAGUUCAAGUGCCUGAUAAGUUUUCAAAUCAAGAAAGAAUUGCAUGUUAUAAGAGCGUGUUUUCCAUUUUAUUGCAUGGACGGUAGUUUACUUCUUUUCGUUUAAUAUCUGAAACCGGCUUAAUUAAAUUCGAACCUGAUUAGUAGAACUCCAUUUUUAGAAUUUUUUUCUCAGUACAUAAUUAAUUUAUGUAAUUCUAUAUUAUAUGUAAUCAUGAUGCCUUCAUAUGGGAUAUUGUCUUCUUAAUUUCUUAAAUGUUAAUUUGUUUUAAAGACAAUUAAAUUGAUGAUUUAGAAUUAUGUUCACGAUUUGUU